UCACAGUAUAUAGUAAAUAGCUGCUCUAUCUAAAAUAUUGAGUCCUUUCAACUUUGAAUGUUACUAAGAACAUUAUAACUAUUUAGUAUUAACUGUGUGUGUAUACAUACAUACAUACACACAUACACACAUAUAUACAUACACACAUACAUACAUACAUACACACACAUGCACACACACACACACACACUAAUAUUUAUAUAUAUAAGAGUGUGUUUGCAUAUAUAUAUAUGUAUAUAUGUGUGUGUGUGUGUGUAAAUAUUUACAUACCUAUGAUCAGUUCCAAAAGCAAAAGUAUUAAUAACCUCAAUACCGAUAAUAGCAAUAAUAAUAAUAAUAAUAACAAUAAUAAUAAUAAUAAUAAAUAAUAAUAAUAAUAAUAAUAAUAAUAAUAAUAAUAAUAAUGGUAAAUGAGGUAGAAUAAGAUAGAAGCAAAAAUUAAAUAAAGAAAAGGGAACUGAAAAAAAGUAUAUGUUUCCCCUGUUGCAUGUUAUGCAAAGAAAUGUCAACGAGUAGUACAUUUAUAGAACCUAUGAAGGAUCGACCGAUCCCUCCGAAAACUGAAGGAGACCAUUUGCCAAAAAAGAGAGAAUGUGGUCCUCCAGGAAAUGGGGUCGCACCCAUUUUUGACUAUAUGGAAUCUGAGAUGUCUUCAAGUUCAAACUCACAAACAUUUGAAAACAAAUCGCCGCCACCCCCCGCCUACGAGAAGCUCUACCCAUCACCGUACAUGAUGAAUACAAGGUUUAGGACAUACCGCAGCAAUCUAACGCUACAGGCAAAAGUCUACAACUUUUUAGAAAGACCAACAGGCUGGAAGUGUUUCAUUUAUCAUUUCACUGUGUUUAUGAUGGUUUUAAUCUGCCUUAUAUUCAGUGUCUUAUCUACCAUUGACCAAUAUACAGAAUUUGCAAAUGGAACAUUGUUCUGGAUGGAAGUUGUGCUGGUAUUUUUUUUCGGAUUUGAAUAUAUAAUACGUCUCUGGUCAGCCGGUUGUCGAAGUAAAUACAUGGGUGUUUCUGGACGACUACGGUUUGCUAGAAAACCAAUAUCUGUUAUUGAUUUUAUUGUUGUUGUUGCAUCAAUUGUCGUCUUUACUAUUGGCUCCGAGGGACAAGUAUUUGCCACUUCUGCCAUCCGAGGAGUUCGUUUCUUGCAAAUCCUUCGUAUGCUCCAUGUUGACAGACAAGGAGGGACAUGGAGAUUACUUGGUUCUGUGAUAUACCUGCAUAGGCAGGAGUUGAUAACUACCCUAUAUAUCGGAUUUUUAGGUCUGAUUUUCUCAUCCUAUUUUGUCUACCUGGCAGAAAGGAAAGAAGGUAAAAAAGACUUUGCAAGCUAUGCUGAUGCCUUAUGGUGGGGAGUUAUAACUGUGAUGACCAUUGGCUAUGGUGAUAAAGUGCCACAAACUUGGCUUGGUAAAAUAGUUGCAUCCUGCUUUGCUGUUUUUGCAAUAUCAUUCUUUGCCUUACCAGCCGGAAUUCUUGGAUCAGGAUUUGCUCUGAAAGUACAACAAAAACAGCGACAGAAGCACUUUAACAGACAAAUUCCAGCUGCUGCCACUCUUAUACAGUGUGUUUGGCGGUGUUACGCAGCUGAUCCUUCCUUCAACUCAGAAGCGACAUGGAAAAUCCAUAUUCAAGACACAUAUCCCGAGGAAACGGUUCUUGCACGAAUGGCCAGGAGAGCAAGUUUGACAUUAAGGAAACGCCGUGCGUCACGGAUGGAUGUUAAUUCUCCCAGCAGCCACUUGCACCGGGACAGUAUCAUUUCACUGUCAUUUACAGAUGAAAAAGGAUCAGCAAACUCGAAGAUUUCUAGUGCUGCAUCCCGUACAGAUCCUCGUCGACAUAGUAUGUGUGGCACUACAGAGUACAAUGAAGACACAGACGCUGAAAAUGAGGAAACAGAAAGAGUAUUCCACUUGACGGAACGCCAUAAAGUUGCUAUCCGUGUGAUACGAAAAAUAAAAUAUUUUGUUUCUCGUAGGAAACUUCUGCAAGCCAGAAAACCAUAUGACGUGCGAGAUGUCAUUGAACAAUAUUCACAAGGCCAUCUUAAUAUGAUGGUGAGAAUAAAAGAACUACAGCGGAGGCUUGACCAAAUUCUUGGGAAACCUUCAACUUUGUACCAUAAUUCACGAGACAGAGACAAAAUGACAAUUUGUGCACGCAUUGUAAGAGUAGAAAAUCAGAUGGUACAAAUGGAUCAGAAACUGGAUAAUGUUGUUGAAAUGCUGAGAAACUUGAUGAAACAUUUAAUGAGUGAGAGAGAAGGCAAACCAUGGCAUUUCUCUUCCCAAGACAAUGAAGAACCUGCAGAAAAAGUUUGUCUUCAAUCGCGUCCACCAUAUUCGCUAUGACCACGUGGUAUAUAGAAAUUGCCUGCUUUUCCCGGUUAAAAGAAGGCGACGGGACUCACCAUGGACUCACAAUGAUAGCCGGAUCUGUUCUACACGCGACAGCAGGUGUCCGACGUUAACCGUUUUCUUAAAAACUAUGGAGACCAAUCAGGAAUUCAAUAAACACCGCUGGAUUGUCUACGAGCAGUCCAAGGAAGUCUUCCUCCUUUGGGGAAUUUUUUUCUUACAACUUAUUUUAUCAUCGUUCUCACGGUUUCCACGCUUCAUUUUACCUAACCCCACAUUGUAUUUUCCUGUACCGUUUCCAACGACUUUGGUGAACCUU